GCGGGAUCACGUGAUCCCCUUCAAAGAUGGCCGCCCUGUUGUUUUGAUGAAUAAUACUUGGUGGGGAGAGGGGUAAGAGUAGGGGUGGAGGGGUAGGAGGAUUUACGCGUCCAACGAGAGCCUCGCGAGUCCAUCCUCCCCCUCCCCCCGGGCCGGGUUCCAGCGUGGAGGAGGGGCGUGUCCGGCCUGCUUUUAGAGGGGAGGGACUUCUCUAUACAGCGCAGGGCUCCGCCAAGGCGGCUUUGGGGGGUCUCCUUGCUUCGGGGCAUCCACUGUGCGGUGGAGUCGUUCCCGCCACAGGCCGAGGGUAGGAAGGAGCAAGCAGGAUUCGCUGGAGAAGACGCAGCUGCUCUGCCGCCACACGCAGGUUGUGGGCGCGAACGGAGCUGGAGACUGCGCCGACCCUCAGAGUAACCUGGGGGGCGAGGGCAGUGAGUGGCGCCUUCAGUUCACCCUGUCGCAGCGGCGGCCAGAGGCGGCUGCUGGGGGCGCGGGCAGCUGGGGGACUCUCUGAGGCGACGGGAGCGACCCAGUCAAGGCAGUUCAGUGCCUCGUGUUCUUAUUUUGUAACCUCUGACUAUGCAAUUCUGAAACCUCCCCCAUUCGGGGGACCAGACAGCCUGCUAGACACCUUCCCCUCGCCUUGCUCCCGCCCUGGUCUCGAGAACAGAAGGACCUCUCCUAACGCCUGUCACCAUUAAGAGGAAGGCGAUGGAGGAGCUGAGCGCUGAUGAGGGUCUCAUUAUGUAGUUAGGCUGGCCUUGAACUCACAGUGAUCCUCCUGCCUCAGCCUCCUGGGAUUACAAGCCUGCACCACCACGCCAGGCUGCUGAUGCCUUGUUUACGGAAGCCCUUGAGCAGGGGAGAAAGGGAACUGAGCUAAGAUGUGACAUGAGGAGAGGCCAGCGGAUCUGUGUCCCCUGGAGCCAGUUCCUGGUCAGAUUCGCCGGAGGCGCCUGGCACGACUUGCGGGUGGACAGACCUCCCAGCCCACCACCCCGCUCACCUCACCCCAGAGGGAGAACCCUCCGGGGGCCCCGAUUGCAGCAUCAGCCCCGGGCCCUUCCCACAGUCUCGGCCUCAACGUCCACAACAUGACCCCAGCUACCUCCCCAAUAGGCGCCGCAGGAGUCGCCCACCAGAGCCAGAGCAGUGAGGGUGUCAGCUCUUUGAGCAGCUCACCUUCCAACAGCCUGGAGACACAGUCUCAGUCCCUGUCACGCUCCCAGAGCAUGGAUAUUGAUGGUGUCUCCUGUGAGAAAAGCAUGUCACAGGUGGAUGUGGAUUCAGGGAUCGAAAACAUGGAGGUUGACGAAAACGACCGACGAGAGAAGAGGAGCCUUGGUGACAAGGAGCCUGCCCCAGGCCCAGAAGUGUCUGAAGAGCAGGCCUUGCAGCUGGUCUGUAAGAUCUUCCGUGUUUCCUGGAAGGACCGGGACAGAGACGUCAUCUUCCUGUCUUCUCUCUCUGCGCAGUUCAAGCAGAACCCAAAAGAAGUGUUCUCUGAUUUUAAGGACUUGAUUGGCCAGAUCUUAAUGGAAGUGCUCAUGAUGUCCACUCAGACCCGAGACGAAAACCCAUUCGCCAGUCUCACCGCCACGUCCCAGCCCAUCACCGCGGCAGCUCGGUCUCCGGACCGAAAUCUCACGCUGAAUACCGGCUCCAACCCAGGGACCAGCCCCAUGUUCUGCAGCUUGGGCUCCUUCGGUGCCAGCUCUCUGUCUAGCCUCUAUGACACUAGCCCAGCCCCUGCUGCUGGUCCCUGGAGCUCGGAGUCGGGGGCAAGUCCGUCCUCCGCCUCCCCCUCCCGUGCAUCCCUCAGCCCUCUCGGGGCGGCUUCUGGAUCUGCAGCAGGAAGCCAGCCCUCGGCCCUGUCCCUGUCUCUGUGCCCCCGAUACCGGCCCUACACUGUCACACACCCGGGGGCGCCUCCGCCCUGUGCCACCCAGCGAGCCUCAGGUGUCCCCAUCCCGCCCGGCUCCCCCAGCCUCCCUGCCCUUGUGGGGAGCCCCUCAGCUGGCAACUCGAGACCGAGGCCCCUGAGCGGGGGCCCAGCUGUCCCGCCUGCCUCACCCAGUGUCGCCAGCAGACGCCCCUCCUCCCUGCGGAUGUCUCCUAGUUUGGGAGCCUCCGGCGGUGGAGCAAGUAGCUGGGAUUCCUAUAGCGACCAUUUCACCAUUGAAACCUGCAAGGAGACAGACAUGCUGAACUACCUCAUUGAGUGUUUUGACCGAGUUGGAAUAGAGGAAAAAAAAGCACCAAAGAUGUGCAGCCAGCCAGCAGCCAGCCAGCUUCUGAGCAACAUCCGCUCACAGUGCAUCUCCCACACCGCGCUCGUGCUGCAGGGCUCGCUGACACAGCCGAGGUCCAUGCAGCAGCCGUCCUUCCUCGUGCCGUACAUGCUGUGCAGGAAUCUCCCUUACGGCUUCAUCCAGGAGCUGGUGAGGACGACUCACCAGGACGAGGAUGUCUUCAGACAGAUCUUUAUCCCCGUUUUGCAAGGCCUGGCUCUUGCUGCCAAAGAAUGCUCCCUCGAUAGUGACUACUUUAAAUACCCCCUCAUGGCAUUAGGUGAACUCUGUGAAACCAAGUUUGGGAAGACACACCCUGUGUGCAAUCUGGUUGCCUCUCUGCCCUUGUGGCUGCCGAAACCCUUAAGCCCCGGCUCCGGGAGGGAGCUGCAGAGACUCUCUUACUUGGGAGCCUUCUUCAGCUUCUCGGUCUUUGCUGAAGACGACAUUAAAGUGGUCGAAAAAUACUUCUCGGGGCCUGCCAUUACCCUGGAGAACACUCGAGUGGUCAGCCAGUCCCUGCAGCACUACUUGGAGCUGGGAAGGCAAGAGCUCUUCAAGAUUCUGCAUAGUAUUUUGUUAAAUGGGGAGACCCGGGAGGCGGCCCUUGGUUACAUGGCAGCUGUCGUCAAUGCCAACAUGAAGAAGGCGCAGAUGCAGACAGACGAUCGACUAGUAUCUACAGAUGGAUUUAUGCUGAAUUUCCUCUGGGUACUGCAGCAGCUGAGUACCAAGAUCAAGUUAGAGACAGUUGACCCCACGUAUAUAUUCCACCCGCGCUGCCGGAUUACACUGCCCAACGAUGAGACGCGCGUGAACGCGACGAUGGAGGACGUGAACGAGUGGCUGGCCGAGCUCUAUGGAGAUCAGCCUCCAUUCUCGGAGCCCAAGUUCCCCACCGAGUGCUUCUUCCUCACGCUGCAAGCGCACCACCUCUCCAUCCUGCCCAGCUGCCGCCGCUACAUCCGCAGGCUCCGCGCCAUCCGGGAGCUCAACAGAACUGUGGAAGAUCUGAAAAAUAAUGAAAGCCAGUGGAAAGAUUCCCCCCUGGCAACUAGACACCGCGAGAUGCUGAAGCGCUGUAAAACUCAGCUUAAGAAACUGGUACGGUGCAAGGCCUGUGCUGACGCUGGCUUACUUGACGAGAGCUUCCUGAGAAGAUGUCUGAAUUUUUAUGGCCUUCUCAUUCAGCUGCUGCUCCGCAUCCUGGACCCUGCAUAUCCCGACAUAACACUGCCUUUAAGUUCAGAUGUCCCCAAGGUAUUUGCAGCAUUGCCGGAGUUUUAUGUAGAAGAUGUUGCUGAAUUUUUAUUUUUUAUUGUACAAUACUCGCCUCAGGUGCUCUAUGAGCCCUGUACUCAGGAUAUCGUGAUGUUCCUUGUCGUGAUGCUGUGCAACCAGAAUUACAUCCGGAAUCCGUACCUAGUGGCCAAACUCGUAGAAGUCAUGUUCAUGACCAACCCUGCUGUUCAGCCUCGAACCCAGAAGUUUUUCGAAAUGAUUGAGAACCACCCACUCUCCACCAAAUUGCUGGUACCUUCCCUGAUGAAGUUCUACACAGAUGUUGAGCAUACUGGAGCCACCAGCGAGUUCUAUGACAAGUUUACCAUUCGCUAUCACAUCAGCACCAUCUUUAAAAGCCUUUGGCAAAAUAUAGCUCACCAUGGCACUUUCAUGGAGGAGUUCAAUUCUGGGAAGCAGUUUGUUCGCUAUAUAAACAUGUUGAUAAACGACACAACAUUCUUGCUCGACGAAAGUCUGGAGUCGCUGAAGCGGAUCCACGAGGUGCAAGAAGAGAUGAAGAACAAAGAACAGUGGGACCAGCUGCCGAGGGAUCAGCAGCAGGCCCGGCAGUCUCAGCUGGCUCAGGACGAGCGCGUCUCCCGCUCCUACCUCGCCCUGGCGACAGAAACCGUGGACAUGUUCCACAUCCUCACCAAGCAGGUCCAGAAGCCGUUCCUCAGACCGGAACUCGGACCCCGAUUGGCUGCCAUGCUGAACUUCAAUCUUCAGCAGCUCUGCGGCCCCAAGUGCCGUGACCUGAAAGUUGAAAACCCUGAGAAGUAUGGCUUUGAACCAAAGAAGCUAUUGGACCAGCUGACGGAUAUUUACCUGCAGCUGGACUGUGCUCGCUUUGCUAAAGCCAUCGCCGACGACCAGAGAUCCUACAGCAAGGAACUGUUUGAAGAAGUCAUUUCAAAGAUGCGGAAGGCAGGGAUCAAGUCCACCAUAGCAAUAGAGAAGUUUAAACUCCUCGCUGAGAAAGUCGAGGAGAUCGUGGCCAAGAACGCACGCGCAGAAAUCGACUACAGCGAUGCCCCGGAUGAGUUCAGAGACCCCCUGAUGGACACCCUGAUGACCGACCCUGUGCGCCUGCCCUCCGGCACCAUCAUGGACCGCUCCAUCAUCCUCCGGCACCUGCUGAACUCGCCAACUGACCCGUUCAACCGGCAGACGCUGACCGAGAGCAUGCUGGAGCCAGUGCCAGAACUAAAAGAACAGAUCCAGGCGUGGAUGCGAGAGAAACAGAACAGCGAUCAUUAACUGUCCCCUUCGCCACCCUCUGCUGGAAGCAGCCGAGGCCAGCGGGGCAGGCAGGAGCAGCCCCUGGGCUGAAACCGCUGCUGUGUUGGGGCCAGCCGUGCCCCAGUCCCCGCGAACCCACCCUGAGCGACCAGACUGCAGAGAUCGGCAGGGCCCUGGAUGGGAAGAGAAGCCCAAUCCCUGUACAUAUAUUUAGGUGACACAUAGCCAGGAGCCUGAAGGACGAGCCUGAUGAAUGCUUGCGUGAUGACGCGCGUCCUUCACGUGUCACAGUCGGGGCUUUUGCGAUGGAAGCAUUGAGUGAUGACAAAUGGGUCCGGGCCGCAACCCCUUCAUCUUUUGUUUUUGUUUUUGUUUUGUUGGUUUUUUUUAAUCCAAUAUCCGUUGAUUUGAUUGUGAUUAGAGAACUUGGACAUUUUGCUGCUAAAGAAUCUUCCCCCUCCUCCCCUUCCUGACCCUACUUGCACUGCUGUGGAUUUUUUUUAAAGACGCAAAAACAAAAACAAGCUCCUUUCCCCAGCCCUCCAAACAUAUACUCUGUGAGAUAACUGUGCCUGCAACAAAGUGUUAAUCCUGGAAUCGUAUUUUUAUAUCAUAUUCACAUAUUUGCUUUUUUAAUUGGUGUUAGAUGACAUGAUUAAUAAAAAAGGCAAGAUAUUUUCAGAAUUCGAAUUUCAGGGUUUUUUUUUCCUUUUGAAAUGUCCCUUUUAAAUUUUUUUAUGACAAACCAAAUGAAGAGAACCCUGUUGCUCCGGUCCUUAGAACAGGCCCCGUUAGGAAUCGAAGGAGCCGUUAAGCAGCCCGAGCGGCUUGCGCAGUACUGGAUGUCAGGGUUUUUGAAGGGGGAUGAGGGUUGGUUUCUUUUUCUCUUUUCUUUUUUUUUUUAAAAAUACUGUGUCAGCCCAAACCUCACCCUUAUCCUACGAGGGCAGAUGAAUUCUCAGCCCUCGCGUCAGGGGUCGGAGGCAGGGCUCAUCUGUACAGAGUGUUCUUUGGGGUCCGGCCUUACCAAAGCAAAACAGAGUGUAAGGAACGUGGACGUGUGUCUGCUGCUUUCAACACACAGACAAACACGCACUUGCGCACACGCACACACACACACACACACACACAUUUUGUAUUACUGCUCCCUACGUGACAUACUGGAAUUCUUCAGUUUCCUUUGGAGUAAAAAAGCGUUUGAAACCAUGAACUCUUUGGAGGAAAUUAAGCCUAAAAAACAUUUUCUUUUUUCUUCCCCCCCUCCCCACAAUGUCCUCUGUUGAAUUCCUAAUUCAAAUGACAAUAAACGGUGAUACACAGCAAGAAGGAA